UCAUCCCGUACGUUACGGUCCUAUCAAAUAUCUUCAACUCAAAAUAUCACCACAGCAUCGAAACAGAAGGAGUUCCUGAGACACUCACAAAAUGGCCAACUUCCGCCAAUUCCGCCCAGAUGACCUGAACAAGUUCUCAAAGUGCAACCUCGACCCUUUCACAGAAACAUACGAGCUUGGAUUUUACUUGCAGUACCAUGCAAAGUGGCCAUCGCUCUUCCAGGUCGCUGAGGAUCAGCAUGGCAACAUAAUUGGAUACAUCAUGGGCAAACUUGAGUCCUCACCAGACUACUACAAGUUCUCAGAGCACUACCUUCCCUGGCACGCCCACAUCACCGCAGUCACCGUAGCGCCCGAGGCUCGUCGUCUGGGCAUCGGCAAGAUGCUUACCGAACAGCUUGAGGCCGCUGCCGACGCCAACGACGCCUGGUUCGUCGACCUGUUUGUGAGGAGCACCAACCACAAGGCCAUCCAGUUCUACAAGAGCAUGGGGUACAGCAUCUUCCGCACCGUCAAGGACUACUACGGCGACCACUCGAGCGACCCGACCAAGUCGUCAGAAGACGCCUACGACAUGCGCAAACCCAUGAAGAGAGACGUUAAGAAGGAGCACAUUCGGGAAGAUGGCGAGAAGUUUGAGGUGGACCCGAGCGAUGUGUGGUGAAAAGAUUCUCUCCCUGGAAAGAGGACUUCGUUAUUCCACUCA